AAACAUAAACCUAGAGUCAAUCGUCUACAUCAGACAGAAGAGUCUUCAUCGUGUAUGUGUGUGGGUUACGUCGAUCUUWUUCCUCGGGAUUACUCGAUUUUAGUCUUUCCAGAUAUCAUUUUAUAGCUUUCUAAUUCAGUUCAGGGAUUAACAAUCCAGUCAUGUCACAAGAUUCCCAGAGUUCUAUCAACUCUUUGGAGUUAAUGUCUCAAGAGACACACGAGGUUUUGCAGGCAUUACUGAACAGUGAUGUAAAGGCACCAAUUAUGGAUCAGCCAGAGUUUCAAGCAAGAUAUCGUCUUAAUCCAUUUGAUAUUCACCUUGCUGAAGACAAUGGUCCAGAGAACGUAGAGAUCAAUAUCGACAGACUCUACUCAUUUCCACGGCUUUGCAAAUCUGAGCUACAAGAUGGCAGCCCUUGUGCUGAUGGGUCUCCUCAGUUAUCUCAGUCAACACAAAAUCAUUUUAUAAACAACACAAGCUAUACUUCGCAACAACAACAAUCAAMUGAUUUGAUAAGUCACCAGGCCAGACCCCAACACCAACCAGAUCAUAGCUACCUUUCCAGGCAAUGUCUGGUUCCACCAAACACAGAUUUUCCUGGUCAAUAUCUGUUUGACAUUGGAUUUGAGGAAGAAAAAGCACAACCUGUCAAGUCUGCUCCAUGGACAUAUUCGCCUCAACUUCAAAAGCUUUUUAUCAAGAUGAGAUGUCUUGUUCCCAUUAGAUUUAUUGUUAAAGGUCGUCCUCCCRCUGGUUCCUACAUCAAAGCUCUUCUUGUUUACAAUAAACCUGAACAUUACAGAGAGAUAGUAGAACGAUGUGUCAACCACAUCACRAAACAAAAUGAUGGUCAUCAUGCACCUAAUCAUCUAUUAAGAUGUGAAAACUCUUCCACASUCUACGAAACUUGUCCUGAAACUGGACGUCACAUGAUUAAAAUCCCUGUUCGAGAAGCAGAAGCUGGUAUGGAUUACUUCACAGAUAUGUUUCAGUUUAUGUGUUUUAACUCGUGUCCUGGUGGACUCAACAGAAGACCGAUCAUUGCGAUCUUCACUCUAGAGUAUAAUGGAAUGGUAAUGGGCCGAAAGAUUCUCAACCCAAGAAUCUGUGCGUGUCCAGGAAGGGACAGAGGCAAUGAAGAAAUAUCAGAGCAAAAAAAGAAAGAAAAAAACUCAAYGAAUGCCGAAACCACACAUUCACAACCAGAACAUGUUUCAUCAAUAUCAUGUCAAGAGACCCCUCCCCCCACCCCUGUGGAGGAUACAAAACCACUUUACCAAGAAAACAAUAAAACGUCAGGCAAAAGAAGUGCUACAAAGAUCACAGAAGGGUUCCAGCUGCAGUCUCUCUCAGCGUACAAAAAAAUAAAACGAGAGGAAGAUGAAAUAUUUACUAUUCAGAUACGAGGAAGAGAAAAGUAUGAGUUGUUGCUAAAAAUCAAGGAAUCUGUUGAUCUGAUGGAUAUGGUACCACAAUCCUAUCUGGACAGCUACAGACUGGGUUGUGCUCCAUGUGGACCCAACUGGUUUUUAGAACAGCAAAGGAAGUUGAAUGCUGAAAAAGAAGGACACAAGGAGAAUUCCCAAGAUACUCAAGAAGUCUCCAAUUCACAGAAUUCAGAUUCUGACGGCACUCCACCAUCUUCCAUCCCAUUUGACUUAUCUCAGCUGUCAAGAACAUCAUCAAACACGUCGCGAUCAAGCCAAGGCAGUAAUCCYGGCGAUGGUACUGAGUACUCUGCUGUUAGAUUUACACUCAAGCGCACAGUAUCCCUUGAAAAGAAAGGAUUGAAGAAGAAAGAGGUUGAUUGAAGUCCUCGACUGCACCUCCGGAUCCAUCAACUUGCAACUAUUAGUUGAUUUACUCAAAGUGAUUUUACUUACCUUGUGAAAUAGAUUAAACCAUUUCCAUAGUUUUCUUUUCUUUCCAUUUGACGAUAAACUGACUAUUACAGCAUGUACAUUUUUUUCAUGGGUCAAGUAAAAUUACUCUCAACUGGUUAAAAGCAUUCCUUCUUUCAAAGGUUAGUUGAUCUAAGUAACUGAGUCUAAGUAACUGAGUUUUUUUGGAAUUGUGAAGUGGUAUACUAAAACUCACYACCACUUUACACACCUCUAGAUAAGGAGAUGAAAGGGUGACCAUUUGCCCAGUUACAAAAGUCGUGUUUUUUUGAUAUUCUUUAGAAAAUGUCAACAGUGUUCAUAUUAGUGGCAAUUUGUUCAGAAAAUUUAAAUCAAGUAUUAAUAAGUUUUAUACUUUCCAAGAUCAGCUGGUAUUUUCUGGUUUUCUACAAUGUAAAUAGUGUUUUCAAAUUAUUCAUAUGUUUUGUUCUGUGUGAAGGGAAGUUCUUAAUCUCAUACCCCCAUAUAACCCAAUUAUUUUGUAACUAAUAAAUCUCUAGAUUCAGUUCCUAAGAUUUAUAUUUUUUGGAUCUAUGCAAAAGCUUUCAAGUUAGUUAAGUGAGUUCUAAGUGGCUUUCACCUUUACUACAAUAUACAUUAUGUACUAGGGCUAAAAUGGUAUCGUCAGAGCACCUAGCAACCAGCAUGAUUGUCUCAWUCAAGAUGAAAUUAAAAAUUGUAGRAAGUAUA